AUGAAAUUGACAUGUUUAAGUCGGUUGUUUGUGCAAGUUUGUGUUAUUAUUGUCGUUGUACUUUUGGUGCUGGCCAAAUCGAAAGCUGCCAGCGUCGAGAAUGCGCAGCAGCAACAGCAGCAACAUGGCCAUGGUCGGACUUACAGAGAAAAUCAUUACAAGGCGCUCGAAUUGGAGCAGCGACGGCAGCAGCUAGGCAAGCACUCGCACUGGCUGCAGUCGACCAUAAACCGGCCCCUGGCCCCGCCUACGCCUGUGCCCUUUGCUGAUUAUGUCAACGACGAGGAGGUCGACAUCGAGCCACACAGUCAGCAUGUAGGGAAUCUCGACUAUGGCAAUAAUCAUUUCGAUUUGGAUAGCUAUCAGCGAUAUGCGAACAUCGAGCUGCCAACCAACAUGGCGGCCGCCGGCGCCUCGACGCGCUCUGGACGACAUCGUGGACGCCAUGUGAUGCCACAAAAUAGCAACAACAACAACAACCAGGCGAACAAUGUAAUGCUGCCGCUGAUCUCGGAGCUGGGCGGCAAGUAUCUGCGCUCGCUGCCCGACUCCGUAGACUUUCUUCAAGAUCGCCUGCAUGCAACGCAGGCGCAGCGGCACUGGCCCGUCAAGAGGGAGGCCAUCGUUGAGGGCGACGUCAUCCUGGGCGCCCUCAUGAUGGUGCAUUCGCGCGAGGACAGCAUCACCUGUGGCCCCAUCAUGCCACAGGGCGGCAUCCAGGCACUAGAGGCCAUGCUCUACACAAUUGAUCGUAUCAAUGAGAUGGAUUUGCUGCCUAAUAUUACGCUCGGCGCCCAUAUUCUCGACGAUUGCGACAAGGACUCGUACGGCCUGGAAAUGGCUGUGGAUUUCAUAAAAGGAUCCAUUAGUAACAUUGACGAUGCCGAAUAUCAUUGCAACAAGACCCAAGUGCGAAAGGUGAUAUCGGGCGUGGUUGGUGCUGCCUCAUCGGUGACAUCCAUACAGGUGGCCAAUUUGCUGAGAUUGUUUCGGAUACCGCAGGUCUCAUAUUUCUCAACCAGCCCGGAGCUGAGCAACAAGCAGCGCUUUGAGUAUUUCUCACGCACCAUUCCCUCCGACCACUACCAGGUAAAGGCCAUGGUUGAGAUUGUCAAGAGCAUGGGAUGGACCUAUGUUUCGAUCAUCUACGAGGAAAGCAACUAUGGCAUCAAGGCAUUUGAGGAACUAGAAGAGUUACUGGCACGCCAUAACAUUUGUAUUGCCAUUAAGGAGAAGCUCGUCAAGGAUUCGGGAGUGGCUGAAGAUAUUGCAUACGAUAAUAUUGUGCAGAAGCUGCUCACGAAACCGCGCGCUAGAGGAGCUAUCAUUUUUGGCUCGGAUCAGGAAGUGCGGCAAGUGAUGCGGGCGGUGAGGCGUGCGAAUGCAACAGGCGCCUUCUCCUGGAUUGGCUCCGACGGCUGGAGUGCACGAAAUCUCGUCUCGGAUGACUAUGAGCCAGAGGUGGAGGGUACAUUGUCUGUGCAGCCGCAGGCGAAUCCUGUGCGUGGCUUCGAGGAAUAUUUUCUUAACCUGACCGUGGAGAAUAACCAGCGCAAUCCCUGGUUUGUGGAAUUCUGGGAGGACCAUUUCCAAUGUCGCUAUCCGGGCAGCACCAGCACACCGUACAACAACUACACCCGUACCUGCACCACCAAGGAACGCCUAUCCCGGCAGAAUACCGACUUUGAGGAUCAACUGCAGUUCGUUAGCGAUGCGGUGAUGGCAUUUGCCUAUGCCUUGAGGGACAUGCAUCGCGAUUUGUGCGGCGGUCGUCCGUCCCUCUGCGAUGCCAUGAAGCCGACCAAGGGUGCUGAUUUGCUCAAAUAUUUGCGCAAGGUUCAAUUCAAGGGCCUCAGCGGCGAUGAUUUUCGCUUCGACGGCAACGGCGACGGACCCGCGCGCUAUAACAUCAUCCACUUCAAGCAGUCUGUGGCGGGUCAGUACCGCUGGGUCAAGGUGGGCGAGUACUACGAGGGCGAACUACGCCUGAACAUGUCCGAGGUAAAGUUCAAGCUGUUGCAUCCCAAGCCACCGGAAUCCGUUUGCAGUCUGCCCUGCGAGCGUGGUCAGGCCAAGAGAUACGUUGAGGGCGAGAGCUGUUGUUGGCACUGUUUCAAUUGUACGACUUAUCAAAUACGGCAUCCGGUUGAUGAAACUCACUGCCUCGUUUGCAAACUGGGCACGCUGCCCGAUGCCCACAAGCAGUACUGUCGUCCCAUACCGGAGGUUUACCUUAGACCCGAGUCCGCUUGGGCCAUUGGCGCCAUGGCGUUCAGUGCGACAGGCAUAUUGAUAACCUUCUUUGUCGUGGGCGUGUUUGUCAGGCACAACGACACGCCCAUUGUGCGCGCAUCUGGUCGUGAGCUGAGCUAUAUACUCCUGGCUGGCAUAUUUAUGUGCUAUGGCGUAACCUUUGCCCUCGUGCUGAAGCCAACGAAUAUUGUCUGCGCCAUUCAGCGCUUUAGCGUGGGCUUCUGCUUCACGGUCGUCUAUGCCGCAUUGUUGACCAAAACGAAUCGCAUAGCGCGCAUCUUCAAGGCUGGCAAACAGUCAGCCAAACGGCCCUCAUUCAUUAGCCCAAAAUCGCAGCUGGUGAUUUGCACGUGCCUAGUCUCUGUGCAGAUACUCAUUAAUGGCGUUUGGAUGGUAAUUGCCCCAUCACAUGCUAUGCAUCAUUAUCCGACACGCGAGGAUAAUUUGCUGGUGUGCGACUCCUACAUAGAUGCCUCCUACAUGAUUGCGUUCUUCUAUCCCAUUCUCCUGAUUGUGGUGUGCACCGUUUAUGCUGUGCUUACCCGCAAGAUACCCGAGGCUUUCAAUGAAUCUAAGCAUAUCGGCUUCACCAUGUACACCACCUGCGUCAUUUGGCUGGCCUUUGUGCCACUGUACUUUGGAACCGCCAAUCACGUGCCGCUGCGAAUAACGAGCAUGUCGGUGACAAUUAGCCUGUCCGCCAGCGUGACGAUUGCGUGUCUGUUCUCUCCAAAGCUCUACAUAAUACUUGUUCGACCUGAGCGUAAUGUGCGCCAAAGCAUGAUGCCCCCGCGUUAUGGCAACAUGCAUCGCACCGCGGGCACUGGCCCAUCCUCAAUGAUGGCCGCUGCGGUUGUGACUGCCGCCACCUGUGCACAGGAGGAGAAAUUACAAAAACAUAUCACGCCCACUGAAACAGAGCACUCGAUUAAGGCGAAAAAAUUGUGCGAAAUGGCCACACAAACGAUUGCGUUAUCCAGCAUAUUUGCGUCCCUUGACUGCAAUACUUACAACCAAAUUCCGUAUGCCGAUCAAUACGUGCCAAAUAAUACAACCACGGUCACGCCCACUGCCAAUGGCAGUGGCACUGAGCCAACCGACGAGCAGGUUGUGGCCAACAACAACAAAAUCAAUCAGCAGCAGCAUGGCCAGGCCAAUGUUGUUGUGGUAGUCAGCACGGCCAACAAGCACAUGGCCAGCAGUCCAUUAGCAACACCAACUGCACCAACACCAACAGCAGCA